AUGAUGCAGGCCGAAAUAGGCCAGUCACAGGAUGACACAUUCUUUACGAUCCACUCCCAGGAAGCGCUGGGGGAGGAGUGGGCACCUGCUGUCCGCCGCCCUGGCCGGAUCACGGGGCCACCACUGCCAGAGGCUGCUGCAGCCAAGCGGCAACGUGGAGCCCCGCCUGCGGCUCCCGCUGACCCCGAGGGGCUGCUCCGUCCGCAGUCUGCUGCCGGAGAUGCACCGGGCCUAAACGGGGCAGCGUCCCCCGAGGCCAGGGCACAGGCUCUGGGAGGAAGCGCCACGCCGGCGGCCAGCCCUCUGCCGGGGGCCCUGUCGACUGGCGUAGCUCCCCAGAACUGCACGGUGCCCUUCAACGACAGCAGGGUGCUCCUGGUGACAGUGUACAGCACCGUGUGCCUGCUGGGCCUGCCAGCCAACUGCCUGACGGCCUGGCUGACGCUGCUGCGGGCGCGCCAGGGCCACGUGCUGGCCGUCUACCUCUUCUGCCUGGCGCUGUGCGAGCUGCUCUACAUCGGCACCCUGCCGCUCUGGGUCGUCUACAUCCAGAACGGGCACCGCUGGCUCCUGGGCCCGCGGGCCUGCAAGGUGACCGCCUACGUCUUCUUCUGCAACCUCUACAUCAGCAUCCUCUUCCUGUGCUGCAUCUCCUGCGACCGCUUCCUGGCAGUGGUGUACGCGCUGGAGAUGCGAGGCCGCCGCCACCAGAAGACCGCCGUCCUCGUCUCCGUGUCCGUCUUCGUUCUCGUGGGGCUCGUCCACUACCCGGUGUUUCAGAUGGAGGACAAGGAAACCUGCUUUGACACACUGCCGAUGGACCGCGAGAUCGCCGGCUACUACUACACGCGCUUCGCCGUGGGCUUCGCCGUCCCUCUGUCUGUUAUCGCCUUCACCAACCAGCGCAUCUUCAGGAGUAUCAAGCGGAGCAGCAGCUUGGGCGCCGCCCAGAAGGCCAAGGUGAAGCGCCUGGCCAUCGCGGUCGUGGCCAUCUUCCUGUCCUGCUUCGCCCCUUACCACCUGGUACUCCUGGUCAAAGCCAUAGCCUUUUCCUACUACAAAGGAGACAUGGGCCCCGUGUGCGCCUUCGAAAUCAACCUGUACACGGUCUCCGUGGUGUUCCUGAGCCUGGCCACGGUGAACAGCGUGGCUGACCCCAUCAUAUAUGUGCUGGCCACAGAAGUUUCACGCCAGGAAGUGUCCAGAAUCCACAAGGGGUGGAAAAAGUGGUCCAUGAAGACGGACGUCGCCAAGCUCACGUAUUUGAAGGGUGCGGAGGAGGCACGAUCGCCCACGUAG